AUGGAUCAGUUUUUCUCUUCUAAGCCUCAUACCCCAUACAGAGUUGCAAGAUGCAAAACAACAAUGUCUUCUAGCGAGUCUCCUAUCGGCGUUUCAUUUAUAGAUGCACUAACUCCCCUUUAAACUGUAAAAAUAUUAGCUCCUUUAAAUUGGCAUUCUAUAAUGAAAAUAAAUAGCAGCUUAAAUGCAAUUACCUAAUUUAGCAUCGUAAAAAUUUAAAUUUACCGAAAUUUGCUCCAUUUUAAAAGGGGAUUAUCAGUAAAAUACUAUUUGGAUAAAGCUAGCAAUUUGAAUUGAUGAAUUUUAUUAUCAAAAUUUUAAAAUUUAGUUAAGAAAUACUCAAAAAAAUUAAAGCGAACAGAUUUAUUGACCAAAUUAAGCGAAUCGGAGUAAGGGAAGUCUGCCCAUUAUCGUUCAAUAAACAAUUUUUACGACAAUUACUCGAAAACCAAAAAGCCGAGAAAGUUUCAGCUAUAAUUCCUUUUAAUUUAGGUAAAAUUCAAAAAACAUAUACACAGGUCAAAGAAAUUUGAAAAAUUGUGAAUAAUGAGAAUAAUCCAGACUCUUCGAAAGAAUUAAACAAAAAAUCAAUAACGUUAGAAAAAUCAGCAUUUCAAAGACCUUUAAGCUCUUUACAAUCACUUUCUAAGGAUAUAUCUGCUAUGAAAAAUAGUACCUUUCGAUCGAAAAAUCUCUCUCAAGAUCAGCAGCAAUUUGAAAGCGUUUUAAAAUUAUAUUGUGUUUCGAAUGGCGCUGAGCCCAAUGCAGUUGCUGCUAGACCAAGAUCUGCUAUUCAUUAUGUGUCAAAAAACAGAAGCAAAUAUGCUCCAGGGGUUAUUAGGAUUAUCCCAAAACAUUCAAGAAACAAUUCCAUUGCCACUGAUACAAACCAUUUCUCAAUCCAGGCUAAAACACAAAGAUCUUUGAGUUCAACUGACAGAAAUAGCAGGCACUCACAGAAAAAUUCGUGCAUAAUCUCGCCCUCCUUACAUAUGCCUGAGCAGUUCCCAAUAAUCAAAAAAAUAGCAGAAAAAUCUGAAGUUUAUGAAGAAACAUAUUCAGGAGAAUAUUCAAAUGGAAAAAGACAAGGACACGGAAAAGUAAUAUAUCCGAAUGGAGAUAUCUAUAUUGGUGACUGAUAUGAAAAUAAAAAACAAGGGCAUGGAGCAUACACGUACGCGAACUCCCAAGUUGAAUAUGAAGGCUCCUGAUAUAGUGAUAAUAAACAUGGGAUUGGAAUCAUCAAAUCAUCUACUGGACAAAUUGAAGGCCGAUGGGAAAAUAAUGUACUAAAAGAAAGCAAUGUCAUUUUUACAUAUGAUGAAGUAAAUAUUUAUCGCGGGGAGUCGAAAUCAGGUGCGAGAGACGGGAGCGGAAGCAUGAAAUAUCAAUGCGGAGCAGAGUAUACUGGAUUAUGGUGCGAUGACAGGAGAGAAAAGCAUGGCUAUAUACGAUACAAGCAAGAUUUCUUUUUUGAAGGACAUUUUCAUAUGGACUCCACACAUGGGUAUGGGGUUUUAAUAAGAAGUGAUAUAAUCAAACCUCCAAAAAGAAGCACAGGAUAUUCAAAAACAAUAGAAGCUUAUAAGAAGCCUGGUAUUAAUAAAGAAGAUUACUCCGAAACUUUACCUGAGUUUGCGAAGCUGCAUUUAAAAAAUUCAGAUAUUGUGUACAUUACACAUUCUGCCGACAUUCAUAGACAUGUCCCAAGUGGAACAUUCAAAUCUGGAAAGCUAAAUGGGUAAAUUUAAUUUAGGUCUGGCCUCGCAUAUUAUGGCAUCUACGGCUAUUAUGAAGGAAACUUCAUUGAUGGACAAAGAGAUGGCUGAGGAAAAAUGAUUUAUAAUGACCCUGCCCACGUCUGCUCGUGAUUUCCAGAAACAGAAGGAGAAUAUAUUGGCUAUUGAAGAAAUGAUGCAAGGCAUGGCCAAGGGAUAAUGAACUGGCCAAAUGGCACUAAAUAUGAAGGAAAAUUUAAUAUGGACAGAAGACACCACGUUAUGGGGAAAAUGGUUUUUGAAACUGGCGAAAUUUAUGAAGGAGGCUGAGUCAAUGAUAAACUCCAAGGCUAUGGAAAAUUAACUUUGGCAUCAGGAAUUGUAUUCAAAGCACGUUUCAACUCUGGAAUUGCAGAAAGUUCUGGCACUGUUGAAUUCACCGAUAAAGUUUAUGAAGGAGCUGUAGCGAAUUUUGUGCCUAACGGCAAAGGAAAAAUGAGAUAUAAAAACGGAGAUAUUUAUGAUGGAGAUUUUGAAGAUGGGGUUAUUAAUGGAAUCGGGAAAAUGACUUAUGCCAACGGAAAUAUAUAUGAAGGAGAGUGGGCUAAUGGAUGCAAGGAUGGGAAUGGAAUGAUGAUCUAUAGAGAUGAGGGAACUGUAUAUAAUGGCGAAUGACUUGAAGACAAAAGAAGCGGAAAAGGUGAGCUUAAAGAUAUGAGAGGAAAAGUAAUAUAUCAUGGAGAUUGGGUCUAUGAUCUUCAAGACGGCAUUGGAGAAAUGGUGAGCUAA